AUGGAUGUUAAAUCUUUGUACACUGUUAUUCCCAAUGACGAAGGGCUUCGCGCCCUUCGUUAUUUCUUUGAUCGUCGUUCUGUCCUUCAGCCUAGUACUCCUACUUUAUUACGCUUAGCCGAACUUGUUCUCACUCUUAACUGUUUUUCUUUUGGUGAUCAGUUUUUCAAGCAGAUAAAUGGCGUUGCUAUGGGAACCAAAAUGGGCCCUAGUUAUGCUAAUUUGUUUGUUGGUUACAUUGAAAACCUUAUCUUUCAACAAUAUACGGGUCCUAAACCUGAGUUUUUUGGCCGCUAUAUUGACGACUGUAUUGGGGCUACCUCUUGUUCUCGUGACGAUUUAGACUCUUUCAUUUCUUAUGUYAAUUCUUUCCACCCUGCCUUAGAAUUCACUUCUGAAGUCGGUGACAGGUCAGUCACUUUUCUUGACAUUCAAGUCAGUAUUACUGACAUUCAUCUCAGCACUACUGUGCAUUAUAAGCCUACUGAUUCUCACUCUUAWCUYCUCUAYUCUUCUUCUCACCCUAAGCAUACUCUGAAUGCUAUUCCUUUCUCUCAAUUUCUACGUCUCCGUCGCUUGUGCAGCGACGAUAAUGACUUUUCUAACAAAUGCAUGGAGAUGCGUUCCUUUUUUCUUAAUCGUAACUAUCCUCCACAUGUCGUUGAUCAAGCUCUGCGUAAAGUCUCUCUCAUUGAUCGUAACACUGCUCUCACACCUAAGAAGCUACAAAGAAGACUGAAGGGACUCCAGUUACAAAGCACAUGGACAUCUAAGAAGAAAGAAUCAGUAAUGAAAGUGAUGACAGCAGACUACAUGAGCAGUGAUGAAAGUGACAUGAGUGAGGGUGACUAUGGGCCAAUAAUCAGGGGGUACAAAACAAAGAAGUUACCUUGGGAGAGGUCAAAUCCUGGGACUUUUGCUAGGCCCUCAGCAAAAGUGGUAUUAAGAGAGGAUAUUACAUGGGCGCCCGGAGAUAUGGAUUUUAUCUUGGAGUGUUGA